AGUCUUUACUCAAUUUUGGUUGAAUUCAAAACAUCAUGAAAGUUUUAGCUGUUCUCGCUCUUAUUGUAGUGGCCUCUCAGGCUAGACCAAGUUCCAACAAAGCUAAUUUGCAACCUUUUGUUGGCCGUAUCAUCGGAGGAGAAGACGCAGCACCAGGCGCUUGGCCAUGGCAAGCAUCUCUACAAAGAUGCACCAUCGGAUGUUCUCACAGUUGUGGUGCCGUUGUUGUCAAUGAAAACUGGGUUCUAACUGCUGCUCAUUGUAUCCAAAAUCCUGAUCCUUCCGGAUACAGAGUUGUUGCUGGACUUCACCGCCGUAGUGACGAAUCUGGUGCUCAACCUAGAGAUGCUUCCCAAGUUAUUUCCCACCCUGAAUUCAUCCAAGAUGGAAGUCUUGGAUUCCCCAAUGAUGUUGGUGUUGUCAGAGUUUCUUCUGCUUUUGAUUUGAGUGCUUCAAAUGUAGCUGCAGCUACUCUUGUCCCAAGCAAUGCUCCAAAUUUCGCUGGACAAGCUUGUACUAUCUCUGGUUGGGGUCUUACCGUUGGAGGAGGAUCCGGUUUACCUGAUGUUCUUCAACAAGCUGAUACCCGUGUUUUAUCCACCGCUGAUUGUCAAGCUCAAGGAAUCCCACAAGCUGAUGAUGACUACCAUAUAUGUAUCAAUGAUGACGAUUUGGAAACCAGCUCAUGCAACGGUGACUCUGGUGGCCCAUUGAACUGCCCAGUUGGAGCAAAUGGCGCUUACCAAGUUGCUGGAAUCACCUCUUUCGGUAUUAUUUUCUGCCCAGAAGAUACCCCAGCCGGAUAUGCUCGUGUAUCUACCUACCGUCAAUGGAUCGAUGACAACAUCAGCGCUUAAGAAGGAAAAGACUACAAUUUAUCAAAUGAUAUAAAUAAAUUGUUGCCAUUAAUAAAACGACCCAAAGAUUAAACU